AUGCAUCUGAUUUCUGCAUUCUUAUUAUUCACUUUUGUCUCUAAACAGUCAAGGCAAUCCGAUAAAAUCGCCGUCUGGAUAGGUUCUUCUGGAGAGGUAGUUGAGGUCUACGUGAGUUCUGUCAUGAAAGUUCUCAGUAGCACUAAAGUGUAUUUCAGUGCUGGCAAAACGUACACAAACGCCAGCAACGAAACCAUUGCCAUCCACAUCAUCGUUCCGGAAAGAAACCUGCCAGCUGGCCUCAGUGCUUGGUCCGAUGAUGUCAGCUAUCAAUCGAAACCAUCUUGGAGAUGCACGAACAAACUUCCAGCCUCUGCAACUCUGUGGUACGAGAUGGAUUAUAACGACAGCUCUUGGGAAAGAUGUCAGGUAAUUAAAGAUGGAUCGCACGGUUAUAAACUGCCAGUCUUCAACCUACCUGAAGAAGCAUUUUGGAUCACCACUGGUGACGAAACGGCUAUAGAGAUGUACUGUAGAUCAAAUUUGGACCCAUUAAAACCAUUGGUUGUUGAAGAGGUUGUCACCAAAAUGAUACCAGGAAUUGUCACGUACGAGUUUGGCUCAAGUUCAUUAGUGGUGGUCGUAGGUGUGUCCAUAGGGUACUACGUCUCCGUGGCCGUUGGGUUGUUUGUUAAGUGGAAGAUGAAAGGUAAUGAAGAUGAUGAGUAUGAUGAGGAAGACGAUGACGAUGAUGAAGAUGAUGACGAUGAUGAAGAUGAUCAUGAUCAUGACGACGAUGACGAUGAUGAUGACGAUGACGACGAUGAUGAUGAUAAUGACGGUGGUGAAGAAGAAAAGGAUGAUGUGGAUGAUUAUAAAGAUGAUAUGAUGAUCACGAUAACCUACUCAUCCCGAUAA